AUGAGUGGUGGUUGCGUCACACGGAAGGUGAGGGGCAUACAAUUUGGUGUACUUUCGCCGGAUGAAAUCAGGCGGCUGUCUGUUACGGACGGUGGCAUUACACGCGCAAUUAUCGUGGAGGAUGGACGUCCUGCAAUAGGUGGCUUAAUGGAUCCUCGUCAAGGCGUGGUUGACCGUGAAUCGCGUUGCCUAACAUGCGCCGGCAAUAUUGUCGACUGUCCCGGCCAUUUUGGCCACAUUGAAUUGAGUUUACCAGUUUUUCAUAUUGGAUUUAUAUUGAAAACUAUAAAAAUAUUAAGCUGUGUGUGUUUCUCUUGCUCCAAGCUUUUGGUAUCACCCUCUAAUCCAAAGGUAAAGGAGGUGCUAAAUUCUACCAAAGCACGUCCACGCAUGCGUCUCAGUCUUAUGCGUGAAUUGUGCAAGACGAAGACGAUUUGCGAGGGCGGCGAAAAUAUAGAUAUCGCCAUUAGAGGCACAAACGAACGUAACCUUUCUGAUCAUGGGGGUUGUGGUCAGCAUCAACCGCAAAUCACACGAAAAAAGCUAGAAUUGCACGCUACUUGGCAUCACUUUGUGGAGCAUCGUCAAGAGCCCCAAAUUAUUCUAACAGCAGAACGUGUGCUGGAAAUUUUCCGUAAUAUCUCCGAUGAAGAUUGUGUAUGUUUAGGUAUGGAUCCACAGCACUGCAGACCAGAUUGGUUACUCAUUUCGGUGCUGCCAGUGCCUCCUCUAUCAGUUCGUCCAUCUGUACAAAUGUGUGGUAGCUCACGUUCACACGAUGAUAUUACACACAAAUUGGCGGAUAUAAUCAAAGCCAAUAAUGAGCUGAGAAAAUGCAUUGAAACAGGCGCCGCAGACCACUUGAUUCGGGAGUGUUCCUCUCUAUUGCAGUUUCAUGUGGUUACCCUUAUAGACAAUGAAAUUCCUGGUUUACCACGUGCUCUGCAAAAAUCUGGACGCCCAUUGAAGAGUAUUAAAGCUCGCUUGAAGGGGAAGGAAGGACGUAUACGGGGCAAUUUAAUGGGCAAACGUGUAGAUUUCUCUGCACGUACUGUAAUCACGCCUGACCCAAACUUAAAUAUCGAUCAGGUGGGUGUACCACGCUCUGUAGCGCAGAACCUGACAUACCCUGAAGUGGUUACACCAUUUAAUAUUGAGCUAAUGCAAACCCUUGUUCAGCGUGGUAAUACACAAUUCCCUGGCGCUAAAUACAUAAUACGCAAUAAUGGCGAUCGUAUCGAUUUGCGUUUUCAUCCCAAACCCAGUGACCUACAUCUUGAACUUGGCUACAAAGUAGAACGCCAUUUACGGGACAAUGAUUUAGUGAUUUUCAAUCGUCAGCCCACAUUACAUAAAAUGUCAAUGAUGGGUCAUCGUGUCAAAGUUUUGCCUUGGUCCACAUUUCGCAUGAAUCUCUCGUGCACCACUCCCUAUAAUGCCGACUUCGAUGGCGAUGAAAUGAAUUUACAUGUACCACAGAGCAUGGAAACACGCGCUGAAAUUGAGAAUCUUCAUUUAACACCGCGACAAAUAGUCACCCCUCAAACCAAUAAGCCAGUAAUGGGUAUAGUACAGGAUUGUUUGACUGGUGUGUGCAAGAUGACGAAACGUGAUGUUUUCAUAACUCAUGAGCAGCUAAUGAAUUUACUGAUGCAUAUGCCGUGUUGGGAUGGUGUAGUGCCAAAGCCAUGCAUUCUAAAACCAACAGUUCUUUGGUCGGGCAAACAACUUUUUUCGUUAAUUAUACCUGGAAAUUUGAAUAUGAUACGAACACACUCAACCCAUCCGGAUGAAGAAGAUGAAAGCCAAUAUCGUUGGAUCUCACCGGGUGAUACAAAAAUAUAA